CUGUGUGUGCUCGCAGACGUGGGAAAAGGUUGAUUUAUAGAAAUAACACAUGUUCAAAUUAGCUCGCUUUUUCUGAACGCACGCGCGUUGGAUGCUUCACUAUAUGGAAACGAUGAGAAGGAAAAUAGUAAUGUGGCUAUAAUAAAUGAAUAACCUGCUCGUUUUAGUGGGGGUGAUUUUAAGCAAGCAAAACAAGAGACCUGCCUAGUAAUGGAGAACGAGGCUGCGGAGCUGCUACAGCAGCAGCAGAGCUACGAGGACGUUCGGAAAAGCGGGUAUCUCCGCAAGCAGAAAUCUAUGCACCGGCGAUUCUUCGUUUUGAGGGAUGCCACGGAACAGGGCCCUGCCCGUCUAGAAUAUUAUGAGAAUGAGAAGAAAUUCCAAAGCAAGUCACCUGUCCCGAAAAAAGCGCUGAAUCUGGAGACUUGCUUCAACAUCAACAAGCGGGCGGAUUCCAAGAACAAGCACAUGAUAGUGAUGUAUACCCGCGGGGAGAGCUUUGCCAUUGCCGCAGACAGCGAGGAGGUGCAGAAUGAAUGGUACCAGGCCAUGCUGGACCUUCAGUGGAAAUGUAAAAGCCCAGAGAAUUGUGGCAGUGGUGGGGAGUGUGGACUCCCCUCUCCUCCAGGCCCAGCUUUUAAGGAGGUGUGGCAGGUCAAGGUGUGGCCUAAAGGGCUUGGCCAGGCCAGAAACCUAGUGGGCAUCUACCGGCUGUGCCUGACCGACAAGACGGUCAACUUCGUCAAGCUCAACUCUGACAUGGCCACCGUGGUCCUACAGCUGAUGAAUGUGCGUCGCUGCGGCCACUCUGAGAACUUCUUCUUCAUCGAAGUGGGCCGCUCGGCCAUGACGGGGCCUGGGGAGUUCUGGAUGCAGGUGGAGGACUCGGUGGUGGCCCAGAACAUGCAUGAGACCCUGCUGGAGGCCAUGAAGGCUCUGAGCGAGGAGUUCCGCCAGCGCAGUAAGUCCCAGUCUGUGGGAGCUACAGCUGGAGGUGGCACCGCCUCCAACCCCAUCAGUGUCCCCACCCGCCGCCACCACCCCAACCUACCCCCCAGCCAGGUGGGCUUCGGCAGACGAUCCCGGACCGAGACCCCUGGAGCAGGUGGGGCCAGCUGCACCAGCACUUCACCCACACCACGCAACGGAUUCCCCAGGGCGCGUACAGCCAGCAUCGGGGGAAGGAUGGAGGAGGGUGGAGGUGGACCCAGGGGGGCAUGGGCAAGUUCCAGUCCCAGCCUGAAUGGAUCCUGUUCCACUACACCCACCCUGAGACCCAAGCCCACCAGAGCUCCAACCCCAGCUAAGAUCACUCUCAGCCUGGCCCGCUACACCCCCAACCCAGCCCCCUCCCCAGCCCCAAGCCUCUCCUCCAGCUCUGGUCAUGGCUCAGAGUGUGGACUAGUUGGAGGGGCAAUGGGAAAUGUAGCCAUUUCCUCUUACACCCGUGUCCCUCAAAGAGUCUCUGUGUCGGGCUCCCCUAGUGACUAUGGCUCCUCAGACGAGUAUGGCUCCAGCCCUGGAGAGCACUCCCUGCUUGUCCCCAGUCUGCCAGCAGGGUCCCAUGGGGGGAUGGGACACCAUGCUCAUGGAGAGAGCUCUUCCAGCUACAUAGUGAUGGGCCAGAGAGAGAGCCUCCCUGGGUCCAAUCAGCGUCCUCAGGGCCGCAGGAUGCUGCGGCGCUCCUCCAGCAGGGAGUGUGAGGCAGAGCGCAGACUCCUCAGCAAGAGGGCCUCCCUGCCCCUGGCUGCCCACGAACGCCUGGCCCCUCGUAGGAAGGAGGAAGAGGAUGAGGAUGAAGAGUACACUGUCAUGUCGCAGAGUAUUAGCAGGGAUGCCUUUGUGUCACAACGUGGAUCAGGGGGCUCGGCAGCAGGGGGCUCGGCAGUGGCAGUCGUGGUUGGGGAGACCCGGGCGAGGGCUGAUGGGGUCCGAGGAGAGGUGGGAGGAGGAGGAGGGGCACCAGUGGACAGUGGCUACAUGGCCAUGUUACCCAGAGUGACAGCUUCUCCUGUUUCCCUCUCUCUAUCUGUGGCCGUGUCUGACGUCGGUGCCAAACCUGGGGCUGAUGAUGAGUACAUGGCCAUGACUCCCAACAAUAGUGUGUCUCCCCCCCAGCACAUCUGCCUGCCUGUCUCAGAGGGCUACAUGGUCAUGUCCCCCAAUAGCAGCUGCUCCCCAGACUUGCAUGGAAUGGCCAUGUGGGGGAGCAGGGGCAGCAUGGAGAGCCGAGCUGGCAGUGACUACAUGAACAUGUCUCCUAUCAGCAUCCGCUCAGCUUGCAGCACACCACCCUCCCAACCUGAACAGAACCAGUUACAACCCAAGAUGGUCUACUCCUACUUCUCUCUGCCACGGUCCUACAAACACACACUCUCUACACGCUUCGAAGAUGACUUAGAUCAAGGGAAAAGAAAGGAGGGGGGUCAUCAUGACCAUGACGGUCCUGGAAAUCGGGGUGGACAAGUGGGCUACAGCAAGAGGGACACAGCCACAGUUGGCCCUGCAGGAGGCUGUCAACUCUCCCUCUCCUCUUCCUCCUUCUCUUCCAGCUCAGCUAGCAGUGAGAGCCUGGAUGAUAGGCCAAAAUCAGUGGCAACAGGGGGAGGGCUACGACUAACAAGAACAGGGACAGGGUUCAGGAAUGGCGGAUUCAGGAAUGGGGGAGCACGCUCAAAGGACGGAUCCUAUCAGCAAAAACGUGCAUCGCAUGGCCCAGGGGGACAGCAGAUGAAGCCUCGUCCCCUCAGUGUGUCGGUGGACAUGUCUAAAGCUAACACUUUGCCAAGGGUUAAGGAGAAUCUCCUUCCCACAGUGCCUCAGAGCCCUGGGGAUUAUGUCAGCAUAGUGGUCAGGGGUGGUGACAUGGGGUGCAGGAGAAGAGACCAGUGGGGGCCAGAGCAUGGACUGUCAGUGACCCAUGGAACCCAGAGGCCCCUGCACCGUCCAGCCCUCUGCCACAGUGGCUCCACCAACCUCCCCCGCAGCUUCUCUGUACCUCUGGCCACCUCCGCUGCCUCUGCUGAGUACGUCAACAUGGACUUGGGGAUGGGGAACUCCCCUUGCCCAUCCCCCCGGAGCCCUGUUAAAUCACCUUUCAGCCUGCCCCCAGCCAUCGCCCCGAAGCCCCGAGUUUUGGCCCGUAGUAGGCCCUCUCCUAGGGCAGCAGAGGGCAAUGUAGGUGGGCAUAGGGCGGCAGUGCCAACAGACUUACCCACAUCAUAUACAGACUACACAGAGAUGGCCUUCAGCGUGGGUUCAGUGCCUAACCCUGCAGCGCUUGCCAUGCACGCUGCCCAAAGAUCAUCAAUGGAGCAGGAAACAGGCUUGGUCUUUCCCUCAGAAAAGUCCUAUUCAUCUCCUGCCCAGAAGCAAAGCAGCAGGCUGGCCAGAGACAGGGUUGACAGGGGCGACCAACUGGGACGGAGACGCCACCGCUCUGAGACCUUCAUCAUGACUCCUCCCUCUCUCCCCUUCCACCUAUCCUCCUCAGGCUCCUUGUUCUUGGAGAUUGCCCAGGCAGCAUCGCCUCAUCGGCACGGAGGGCUGGAGGGGGGUUCACCGUGGGAGAAUGCACAGGCAGCUAUGUCUCAAUGUGCCAUUCCUGCUGCACCUGUAGCCCAGGCUUCAUCCUCUGGGUCUGCUGAACAAGGCCUUAACUAUAUUGAUCUGGACCUGGCCAUUAAGGACAGCUCUCAGGCUGGACUGGAGGGGGGAGCCACCAUCCCCCACAAUGUCUUCACAUCCGUCCACAGUGGGGUAGUUGGGGGAGGCAUGACUGGUUUGGGGAACAACCCUGGCUAUGCCAGUAUUGAUUUCUGCAAAUCAGAGGAGUUGAGAGCACAUCAUCAGAGCAGCAGGAAAGAUGUAAAAGAAUGUUAAUGACACAUCUUCAUGUGGACAUUACUCCUGGGAUUGAGCAGCACUGUCCAACACUCCUCCUUCUAACCAUGGUGGGGUUGGUGGGCAACGGGAUGUUUCUCACUGGAAGAGGAGUAACAGAGGUGAAGAUAUACCCAUCAAAUCAUCAUUAACUAUUUGUCAUCCUAUCCAGUUGUUGCUAUCCAAUACUAAUGUGUGCCAAAAAACUGCUGGUUAUAACCAACACGACAUGGUUAUUUGAGGUAGAAAAAUCUAGCCAAUCAAGAGUGAUUACAGCAACUCCAACCAACAACAAGGAUCUAAUGAUAUUUUGUUUAUUUUUCCUAAGCAUAAACUUCAUGGAAAUUGUUAUAAAAAUGUGAAAUAGUAUAAAGGUGCAUACAGAAAACAAUAUAGUAUAAGCUACAAAAAUAUAGAAAUAUAUAUAUUAUACUUUUUAAAAAGUGCCUAAUUUUUUGAGUGUAGCCAUUUUUACACAGGGAAUGUUGAACAGGUCUGUUAGAAGGGAAAAUAUGUUGGUCUUGAAUAUAAUUUUGUUAAGAAUAUUGUGAAUACUGUAUGUUGAAAAUGUAAUAUAAAGUUAUAUAGUAAGAAUAAUCAAACUGCCUUACCGUGUUUGUGAAAGUACUUAAAGAAUAGCCUCUUUUUACUUUAUGCUGUGCCUCAUGCUUCAGUCACAAUGAAGGCUCUCGUUCUCUCACUUUCCUGCCUGAACCCUACCAGCUGGAUAUCAGCCAACAACUAAUGCUGCAUAAAGACACACACACACACACACACACACACACACACACACACACACACACACACACACACACACACACUUUAAUAGUCCUAUAUGUGGUCCAGCUGAGUAGAUGAGGUUGAUAGUAGUCACAUUUACUGCUGAGAUACUUGUGUUUGCCAGAACAUUAUUACACAAACAGGCUGAGAAGGGGAUUGGAUGUCUUAUCAAUGUGAUUAAAGGUUCCUGUAUGGCAUGUGUGUGUGCAAGAGCAUGAUUAGAGUGGAGAUGGAUAUCAAUUAAUUAUGAUAUUUCCAGACCACAUGAUGGCUUCCCACAGCCUGUCAAUUACCAACAGGGUAACUUUAAUUUAUUUCAUAAUAAUAUUCAUCCCUUAAUCACUUGCUUGUUAAAGGGGCAAUCUGCUGUUGCUACAUCCAUUUUUGGACUUAUAAAUUGAUGAUAUGUGCCCACUGAUUCUUAAAGAAUUUAACUUAGAAUUGCCUCAUGAGCUUCGUUCCUCUGUCGUGUCUCAUCAGAACCCCAAAUAUGAGCUUGUUUUACUCCAACAUUUGUAAGCAAAGUAAAUGUAAGUAAAUCAAACAUGGUUAAUACAAUCAUUUUGUUAUCAUGUAUUAGUCCUUCCAUCGCUCUGUCUGAAUUUGAGAGUGGUUACCUUUCUCCAGCCCCAUCCCUCAGCUUCUUUUUUUUUACUGAAACAAGGAAAACUCUUUGUUUCACCUGCUAAAUGCUGCUUUAAGGUUCCCCCCUCUAUAUAACCACAGACAAUUACAAUCAUAUCACACACACGUCCCAUGUUUUACCUGUUCCCAGAUCUGUUUGUGCUUUCUUUCCAACUCCAAAUGACCAUAGGAGCUGGCACGAUAGUACAAACAGACCAGGAACCAGGGUACAUCCUCUGUGUAUCCCAAAAGACACUCAAGUGCCUGGCUGCCUGUGUUUUUUGGUGUCCUCACAUUCUACCGGUUACCCUCACUCAUUCUCACUAGGUUCCCAUUCCCUUAUAUUUCCCUACCCCUCCUGUACCAGUCAGAUUCUCUUGCAGAAAAACUAUUGGUAUUUUUGAUGUGGUGGCACAGUUUUAUGAAAUCACUUUAGUGAUUUGAACAUAGCCCACCCAUUAAUGCUAGUGUCUUGUGCUUUAAUGCAGAGACAUUUAGUGCCAAAAUCCUGUAUUACAUAGACCAGUGGAUUACUCAUACUUCACUAUGGUAGACUUAUGCUGUUGUUGCUCUUAAGUUCGUUUCAACAUACAGGCUAAUGGCAUUGCUUAAUGGGACUUUUAGAAUAUGCCUUUCUUUCUUCUUCCCUUAAAAUGAUUAUUCUUAUUUGGGGAUUUUCAUUACUGAGUUUCUCUUACCUCAUAAUCAUGUCUAGAGACUCUGAACAGACGUGACAGUUGGUCUGAAGCCCCCCAGGGCUGUCUGAGAAGGGUUCAGGAUCACACCUUAACUUCCCCAGGGCUGUCUGAGAAAGGUUCAGGAUCACACCUUAACUUACCCACAUGUUGCUUCACUUAACCACCGUAGCUAUGGAAAAGUCCAAUCAAGAGCUUUGUAUUUUACUGGGUAUCGUUUUACCUCUCAUUUUUUUUGUGGUGUCUUUUAAUGCCUUAUUAUUUUCUAUAUUAACUCUCACAUGAUACAACAGCUGUAUAAAGGCGCUUUUUAAUCUAGAAUAAACAUAAUUCUGUCAAGUCUGAAUACUCUUUGUGUGGUGAACUGCAGAGAUGUGUUCUCUGUUGCUGUAGUGUGUUCAGCAUAACGCCAUACAAAGUGAUGUAGAAAUGAGACAUAUAUAUAUGUAUAUAUAUAUAUAUAUAUAUACUGAAACCCCUCAUCAUAUCAAAAUACAUGCCAAUAGUUGUGGGAAAAGGGUAUGAUAUGUACAAUCAUGGUAAUAAUUCCUAUUACCAAGGAGAGAGCUGUAUACUUAUUUCAAUGCUAUUAAUAUUACAAUGACUGACAAUGAUGUAUAAUGUAUUGUAAAGAGGAGAAGGGGCAGGAUCUAUGGGUAUGUACAGUAUUCUGUGUAUAAGGGAGUAGGCUUCAGGGGAGGGAUAUGGGCAUGGGGUUCAUGAAAAUGUUAUGGAAAAGAUUUGUGUUCAAAACAGAAUAAUGCUGAUGAGUCAUGCCUGUGGUGUAAACAAUGUCACUUUGUUUCUUGGAAAAACGGAGGAAUGAAAUAGAAAGAACAAACUUUAUUGUGUGUCGUGUCUGUUUCCUAGAUCAAUGGCAAUGUUAUUCAGAUCAAAUUCAUUAGAGCCACUGAAGUGGUUCAACGUGUCAACAAACAAACCAGCCAGUCUAGACUGUAAUAAGCCAUCAGCGAGCCAGCUGAAAUAAGGAUAUGCCUGGGGGACAGAGGGGUGCUGGUUGGCUGUACAUGUUUAUUAUGCUCGUCUUCCUGAACACAGACAGUCACAAUCCUUCCUACUGUAUGCAACUUCAUGACAUCAGAGACUU